GCCCUCGCAGAGGGCCUGUGCAACGGCUGGGCGCGUCGGCAGCACCGAGCGGGGCGCCGAGGGGAGGCGCCUGAGAAGGGCGGGACCGCGCGCAGACCCUGGGCGGAGACCCCUUUGCCGAGGUGGCCCCGGAGCGCGCUCGCGCGGCGCUGGGGCGUUGACCUCAGCGUCGCGCUGCGUCUGGCCGCGGCGAGGCAGCUGCAGACCUCCCUCGGUCGCAGCCGCGCCGAGGACGCCGCGGCCCGCUUGGCCCAG